AUGCUUGGGAAUCGCCGGUCAUUGUCUACUCGACAGUCAAACGGUAAAAAACGUGUUGAUAUUGUGUAUCGAUCGAAAUGGAUCACGAAUAACUUUGUUGUUGGAGAUCCACUUGGAGCAGGCUCAUUCGGGAAGGUAUGGACUGUAGAAUGCCGUAAAAAGCCAGCGCAACUAUAUGCUUUGAAAGUACCUGCUCCGGGAUUUAAUCCUAAACACAUUGCCAUGGAGCUGAAGGUGAUGCGAGCGAUAUCAGGAGGACCAAAUGUUGUUGAAUUUAUUGCUGCCUAUCGCGAACUGGAUCGGGUCUUUGUCGUGAUGAAUCUUUUCCCACAUGAUGACAUCUUUGUGAUGCGAGCGAUAUCAGGAGGACCAAAUGUUGUUGAGUUUAUUGCUGCCUAUCGCGAACUGGAUCGGGUCUUUGUCGUGAUGAAUCUUUUCCCACAUGAUGAUAUCUUUGUACAGUCUCAUCCAUAA